GAUAUUUGGAAUCCAACGUCGUUAUUCUUUCUGGCAAUGGUGAUGGUUUAUUCUGUCACGGGUAUUCUACAUCCAACAGAAAUGCUAUGCUUAUUAUCCGGGAUUCUUUAUUACAUUUGUUUACCGUCUGCUUUCAUUUUGCUUAUGAUAUACAGUUAUUGCAACAUGCAUGAUGAAUCGUGGGGAACGAGAGAAAACAAGGUGAAUAGUCAGAACAACGUAGAUAAAGGCCAAUGCGGAAAUAGCUGCAUGAAAAAAAUUGCAUCGUUUUUUAAUCAAAGGAAUAAAUAUACCGAAGUACCAACAUCCGAACCAGAAGGCGCGCCACAAUUGCAUGAAACUUCUCAAGAAACGACCGAAAACACGACACAGGUAUAUAGAUUAUCGAGUAUUUCUUUACCAAGAAAAGGGGUGGAUUGGAAAACUGACAAAAUAUUUAAGGACCAUACGCAAGGAGUGAUUGAUGAAAACGAACGAAAAUACUGGAAACAAUUGAUCCAAAUAUAUUUAAUGCCAAUUGACAAAAACGAUUCUGACGAAAAAGAUAAAUCCAAGAAGUUGAGCUUUGAUCUCAAAGAGAUGAGAAAUAAUAUGAGUGGAGUCUUUUUCUUUAUAAACAGUAUAUGGAUAUUUUUGACGUUUUCUUUGACAAUGGUGAUUGAUGACGUCAACAUUACGUUGUACGAUCGGUAUGGAGAUGCGAUUGUGCUCAAUCCGCUGGCGUUCAUGUUCUUGAUAUUUUUUAUGAUUAUUUUGGUGAUUCAGUUUAUAGCAAUGAUUUUUCAUCGGUGGAAUACAUUCUUGCAUUUAAUGGCGGACACAGACUGCGUAUUUACUGAUGGCGGCAGCAAACAACAAGAUAUUGGUGAGGGCAAUGAAUCUAGUGGAAACAGUGAAACAGAUGGAAGUCAGCCUGGAACAUUGGAAUUCAAUAAUUUAGGAUUUGACACACAAGAGAGUAUUGUAUGAUCUCUGCAUUUAUAGAUGUUAACCACCAUGACAAGAUGCCGACAUUAAUUCGGCAAGGAUCAAGUGACAUCAUUGCCCAUGAUGAAGUCGAACUCGCAUUAAUAAAGCAUUUUGUAGAAACAAUAUAAAUUGCAAUUCUAUUGUGAUCAUGUAUAUUAUUAAAUUCAACAAGUUCUAUAUUAAUCUAAGAGUGUGUAUCGAUUAAUUUCAAUAAUAUUAAUAAGUUUG